UUAAACAAUAAUGUAUCAAAUUUCAUUUGAGCCCAAAACUGAAUUUGAUAUUUUUAGAAGAACGGCAAGAAAAUGCAAAUAUUGGAGGAGAUUAGGUGGUUUUAGACACUCCCAAAUUACACGCACAACCACACCUUUUAAUUCUCCGCACCAAUCUUUUAGAAGAUAAAAAGCGAAAAGAGGUUCGUUCCAUUUCCCGCUUCUUCUUUUUUCCCUCACUUUUCCCCGGCGAGAAAAUGAGAGAAAUCCUCCACAUUCAGGGCGGCCAGUGCGGCAACCAGAUCGGAGCCAAGUUCUGGGAAGUGAUCUGCGAUGAGCACGGCAUCGACCACACCGGAAAGUACAGCGGCGACUCCGAACUCCAAUUGGAACGCAUCAAUGUCUACUACAACGAGGCCAGCGGUGGAAGGUACGUUCCACGCGCCGUCCUCAUGGAUCUGGAGCCCGGCACGAUGGACUCGGUCAGAUCCGGGCCGUUCGGGCAGAUUUUCCGCCCCGAUAACUUCGUCUUCGGGCAGUCCGGCGCCGGCAACAACUGGGCCAAGGGUCACUACACGGAGGGCGCCGAGCUCAUCGACUCCGUCUUGGAUGUUGUGAGGAAGGAGGCCGAGAAUUGCGAUUGCAUGCAAGGGUUUCAGGUGUGCCACUCUUUGGGGGGUGGAACUGGCUCGGGCAUGGGAACACUUCUCAUCUCGAAGAUAAGGGAAGAGUACCCUGAUCGUAUGAUGUUGACUUUUUCCGUUUUUCCUUCCCCUAAGGUGUCGGACACAGUUGUGGAGCCGUACAAUGCCACCCUUUCUGUGCACCAGCUCGUUGAAAAUGCCGAUGAAUGCAUGGUCUUGGACAAUGAGGCUCUCUAUGAUAUCUGUUUUCGUACCUUGAAGCUCGCUACACCAACUUUUGGGGACCUUAACCACCUCAUUUCUGCUACCAUGAGCGGAGUUACUUGUUGUCUACGUUUCCCUGGGCAGCUGAACUCUGAUCUUAGGAAGCUUGCCGUGAAUCUGAUCCCAUUCCCUCGUCUCCAUUUCUUCAUGGUUGGAUUUGCACCCUUGACAUCAAGAGGAUCCCAGCAGUACCGCAACUUGACUGUGCCAGAACUGACUCAGCAGAUGUGGGAUUCUAAGAACAUGAUGUGUGCUGCAGAUCCACGCCACGGUCGUUAUUUGACCGCAUCCGCAAUGUUCCGUGGUAAGAUGAGCACCAAGGAGGUGGAUGAGCAGAUGAUCAAUGUACAGAACAAGAACUCUUCCUACUUUGUCGAGUGGAUUCCCAACAAUGUCAAGUCUAGCGUGUGUGAUAUCCCACCAAAGGGCCUUAAGAUGUCAUCCACUUUCAUUGGGAAUUCAACAUCAAUCCAGGAGAUGUUCCGGAGAGUUAGCGAGCAGUUCACGGCGAUGUUCAGGCGCAAGGCUUUCUUGCAUUGGUACACCGGUGAGGGAAUGGACGAAAUGGAGUUCACCGAGGCCGAGAGUAACAUGAAUGAUCUGGUGGCAGAGUACCAGCAAUACCAGGAUGCUACUGUUGACGAGGAAGAGUAUGAGGAUGAAGAGGAGGAGGAGGCUUAAGGCGUCUGAGUUGUCAAGGUGGUAUCAAAUUGCAAUGUGGAUGAAUGGCUUUCAACAAGUUUAAAAUGUGGAGCAGUCAAAAAACAUUGACUUGUUCUUGGGAUUGUUGUAUGAAUUGAUGAGGAUCGUUGUUUAACCUGGGUUUUGUUGAUAAAGCGUAUUAUUAAGUCAUCGAAUGUUUUAGUAGGUAGAUGAUUAUAUACAUCGACGACCGCAGUUCUCGUAUUUAUAUUCCAUUUACCCUUUUUCUGUCGAUAUGUUGAUUAUGUUUGGUCGGCAUUGAAUUAAACAAGAAUUCAUCCGUUUGCCAUUAUCA